AUGCCUCGUGAAAAGCAAAAAAGAGGUCGCCGCGCGGAAGCCAAGACCCAAAAAGAUGAGGUCAAGCGUAAGCGCGACGAGGCACCCGAAGACCCCGUCGCAAAACGCAUGAAGCCGACCGACGAGACCGAUGAGACCGACGACAACCCUCUCGAAGAGAACACAGACUACAUUCCUCUCGAGUCAGACGAGCAACAAGUGCAGCAAGAAGAUGGCGAAAACAUGGGAUCUGGCGACAUGCCAUUCUACGGUCUGCUCGACACCGACGAGGCUGAGUACUUCUCGCGCGCCAGCGAGAUGCUCGAGGCGAACCAAUUCCAGGAUGCCGAGGAACGAGGCCUGUUCGUGGAAAGUGUAUACCAGGAGGCCAAUGGCAAGGAGUUGAAAAUUGCCUGUAGUCAGGGCUGCUCGAGACUCAUGGAAAAAUUGAUCUCCAUGUCAGAUGUCCGGCAGAUUCGUCGGAUCUUCAGCAAGUUCAUUGGCCACUUCCUCCACCUUGUGCAGCAUCGGUUCGCCAGUCAUUGCUGUGAGACACUUUUUAUCCACGCUGCGCCGGCAGUUAUGCAGAAAACGCCAAAAUCCCAUGCCAAGAAAUCAACCGAGGACGGCGAGGAAACCGAGUCGGAUCUGUCGCUUGCGGACAUGUUUAUGACCGUGAUCAAUGAAUUGGAAGGAAACUGGGGUUAUCUCCUGACGGAGCGGUUCGCAUCGCACACGAUCCGAGUACUGCUGCUGGUUCUUGCGGGAGAGCCGGUGGAUGUGACAUCGACCGACUCGAUCGUCGCAAGCCGCAAGAAAGAGAGACUAGGUUUGCCGGCCGCCGGCGCACAGGAAGAAAAGACAUCCACCGGGAAGCGGAACGUUCCUGAGUCUUUCCAGCCCGCGCUUAAGAAGAUGAUGAGUGAUAUGGUCUCGGGACUUGAUGAUACCUACCUGCGUGCCCUGGCUACCCAGCCUGUUGGAAACCCCGUCCUUCAGGUGAUGCUGUUCCUGGAGCUCUCUCACUUCGGAAAGUCUAGCGCGAAAGACCCCAAAUCGAUUCUGCGAAGACUUGUCCCUGACGAGUCUUUCGAGGAGGGCACAGAAAGUGCCACCUUUAUUCGCGGCUUGCUCUAUGACCCUGUUGGCUCGCGCCUAGUGGAGACUAUGGUGAAGUACAUGCCAGGAAAGGUGUUCAAAAACCUCUACAAGAACAACAUCCGCGAUCGCAUUGGGUCUCUUUCUCGAAACAGCACGGCUGGCUACGUGGUCCUUCGAACCUUGGAGAGACUUGGAAAGGAUGAUUUGCAGAAUGCGAUGGAUCUGAUCAUCCCCGAGAUCCCCGGUCUGAUCGAAAGGGCGAGACUCAUCGUUCCUCGUACACUGAUUGAUCGCUGCGUUGUUCGAAACCUCGACACAAAACCCUUCGCCGAGGCACUUGCGGCUGCUUACGACAAGGACCCGAAAAUUCGGCUUCGGCAGAUGCUCCGCCAAGGCGAACCCACAGAAAACACUGUACAGGAGUCUGACCAUGAAAUGGAGGAUGCAGACGACGAGGGUCACAAGGAGCGCAGACCUGCUGGAGGCUCUUCUGUUGCUGCCGCAGAAAAGCUGCAUGGCUCUUUACUGGCACAGGCCAUGCUCACAGUUCGUGGGCCAUUGAGUGACCUUGUAUAUUCUAGCCUUCUCGCGCAAGACCCCGACACAAUACUGCAACUCGCCCGAGAGCCUACUGCAUCCCGCGUCCUUCAGCAGGCUCUGACCCUCCCGACUUCCACCACUCAGUUCCGCCGACAGUUUGUCUCCCGCUUCCAAGGCCAUCUGGUUGAUCUGGCUCUACACACCAGCGGCUCCCACGUUGUCGAUUCUCUCUGGGAAGCAACCAAGGACAUCUACUUCGUCAAGGAGCGCAUGGCUCAGGAGCUCGCACAGAGCGAGAUGACCUUGCGUGACUCUUUCUUAGGCCGCGCAGUGUGGAGGAACUGGUCCAUGGAUCUUUACAAACGCCGCCGGGGCGAGUGGGCCGCGCGUGCCAAGGGAAUUGACACACAACCGGACGACGAAGGCGCAGCACCGCGACCUAAAUCGAAGAUUCAGCUGGCGGCCGAACGAUUUGCCGCUAAGCAGGCGGAGGCCGAAAGCAAGAAGGCCGCCGCGGAGUCGUGA